UUCGGUGCCAAGCAUCGCGGAAGCCGCCGCCGCCGCGGCGAUUUCAGUGUGUUAAAAUUGCCGGCGCAUCACUCAUGGAUUUAUAACGGCCGGAUUAAGAUUGACCGUGGAAGUGUCGGAAAUAAUCGAUUUUCGCCGGUCGGCGACUGCGCGCCCGCGGCCGAGGCGCAGAGCUCCUAGCGGCAGCGAUAGAUACUGUGCGGCUGUCACCGAUUCGGUAUAGGCGUAAACAAAACGCGGGCAUUUUUUGUUCAAGGAAGAAGUCCGGGUCCGUGGAAAGUCCGGUGCCACGGUGGGCGUGGUCGUGACCGUGUCGCGGGUAGUGACGUUCAAGUGUGUGCGUGCGUGGGUGCGUGGACGCGUGCUGUUCACGACUCCGCACCGGUAUCGCGCGCGGCCCCGAUGUUGAAUGCACGGAGCACGAGGCCAACGACAGGGGUUGGCACGGACUGAUUUCGCCGUCAGGCUGCCGCCAAGCGGGGAAGUCCGUCUCGCGUGUCGACACACAUCAAUGGUUCAGUUGGGAUGCCGGCCAUGGAACCUCAGUCUGACCAGCGUGGUUGUUCUGGCGCUGUCGAAUAUGCUGCUGACUUUCCUGUUGCUGCAGUCGGAGACCUGUAUCCCGAACGAGGUGCCCAGGGACCUCGACGUGAAUGUGAUCACCGAAUGGAGCCUUGGCACCCUGAUCAAAGAACAGCAACAGCAACUGCAGUCGGACUGCGUGACACAGGAUUACCAGCCGUUGCCAGUUGACGAUCACGGGUUGAAGUUGAAUAUAAAGCUGGGCAAGUGGGACGCCCGUAAAUUGUUCCGCACCUUCGACCACGUUCUGGUCGGGACCAGCUUCAUCGAGCUGUCGCAGACGUAUCGGGUUUGCCUAGCCAUGCAGAGCUCGGUGGAGAAGCUGCACUCGGUGGUCCAAGCGGCCCACCACUGGACGGGACCUAUAUCGGUAGCCCUGUACGCGGCUGGCGACGAGGAGUUCGAGGUUCUUCAGAAGUACCUGGUCUAUCUUAGGAGAUGCUACGAGCCGAUAAAGGAGAGGGUAGCGUUCUCCUUGGCCGUGCCAAAGGUCAGGCCGCCGAAGAAGCAGCCGCGCGAGUACGAGCUGCCCGAGACGGUCGAUUGUGCCAAACCGGAAGCGACGUUGAACGAGCUGAUGAACGGAAUAUCGAAUGAGCAGACAAACUGGCGCAUCCGGAACGUCUAUCCCCAGAACCAUAUGAGGAACCUGGCCAGAAAGAACUGUCAGUCUGAUUACGUGUUCUUGACGGACGUCGACAUUGUGCCGAGUUUCAACCUGACCGGCGCCCUCGACGAGUUCCUCAAGACCGACACCUGUGAUAAGUGCGCCUACGUGAUACCGACGUACGAGCUGGACUCGCGCGUUAGGUUCCCGCAAAAUAAAACGGAACUGGUCCGGCUGGCGAGGAAGGGCCUGGCCAGGCCAUUUCACCAGAAGGUCUUCAUACACAAUCAGUUCGCUACUAAUUUUACAAGGUGGAUUCUAGAUACUGUUCCAAAUCACAAGAAUUUCGGAAACAUGAAGACUGGGAAGGUCUAUAUCAGUCAUGACGUGACAAAUUUCGAAUUCCUCUACGAACCUUUUUACGUUGCGAAGGAUAUUGCUCCACCCCAUGACGAACGAUUUAUGGGCUACGGAUAUACCAGGAAUACACAGGUUUACGAGAUGUACGUGGCCGGCUACCAGUUCAAGGUACUCUCACCGGUGUUCACGGUGCAUUGGGGCCUACAGACGAGGAAGACUAGGCCAGCUUGGCGCGAGCGACAGAACAGCGCUAACAGGAAGCAUUUUGAGACGUUCAAGAAGGAAGUUUUCGCCCGUUACAUGCGCGAUCCCCUAAAGAUGAUGAAGAACAUCAAGUGACGACGACUGCGUCAAAGGUUUCGUCGAUCGAACGCGAGAUGAUCCGGUUCGCCGUCCUUUUUAUCCGUUGCUAAACCGAUAGAUUGACAAAACCGUCGCUUCAAGGUUUCACUACCUAUUUUACCCGUCGUAUUACCUACGUUCCGCACAGACCCACGGUCAUUCCGAGAUAAACGUCACGUCUUUUUAAUUAAGUGUCACGGGUACGUAAACUUCACUUUAAUCGUGGAAAUAGAAUCGAUACGUAGUUAAGUGAAUCAUCAAACAGGGAUUACUUUAUACGAUACGAUUAAUAGGAAGUUACGGUUAAUGUUAAAUACCAAGCUUUGAUUGUUAGAGUAAUAGAUUGGUUGAAACUAAGCUACUUUGUUUGAUUGCUACGCGACUGUGAUGAUUGUUGCUCUCUAGUCGAUUGCGUACUGACUUCUUUCAGGAAUUGAUCGUGAUUUGUUAUGACAGGUGUUGAAGUUCGAGCAGGGUAUUUUAACAAAGGUUAGUGAUCGAAGACUGUAUGUUGGGGAUGUUUGAAAGAUUAUGUUAUUCUUGAGAAGGGAAAAGAACGACAGAGUCAAAAUGUCGAGUUUUUUAGAAAAAUUCAUUUUAUUAUUAUUAAUUUCUUUAUUUUGGAUUUAUCAUGUAUUGAUUGCUGUUAAAUAUUAACAAAGCAAAUUUUGAAAAGCAACCAGAAAUGAGCUGAAUUCUUGUACUCUUAAUUUUGUCGGUGCUUUUUAUUACUUUUAUACAAAAACAUUAAUUUAGACCGGAAAUUACUUUGAUACAAAUUCUGUCUGAGAUCUAUUCUAGAAUUACAAUUUUUUGUUUGAAUUAAAGUAAUGAGAUAAUAUUUCUGUUCAGUGAACCACAAUAGAUUCAUAAUUGUGCUGAUAGAAGGUCUAAUGAAAAUCGAUUGUCGUAUUUGUCACGAUCUUGUAAUCAAGAGGAAAUGUUUUCUACAUAUUUUGUAUGGUAUCCAUAUCGUGCGUUUGCAUGAGAACUAAUACGAACAAUCAAUAAACGAACAUCACAUUUUAAUCCUAAUGUUCGUAAUAAACGGUUUCACACGUGCUCGUUUAGAGUUAAUCUAACAUUACAUCUUUGGUCCAAGAAGUAGAAAUUAUGAAGGUUUUAACUUUUAACCAAUGAACCCAUUCUUUAUACUUAAUCGUUCCAAAACUGAUACUGUGCAGUUUUAACUUAUUCGUACAAUAGACGUAGAAAAUUAAGAUGGAUUUUGUACCUAGAUAAAUACCGAUCCAUGAAUCGUUCAAAGAAAACGCAACGUUGUAGAUCGUACUAUUGUCUCUUUCCUGGUCGACAAUUUUCAUUGAUCAUUUCAGCAAUAUCCGUCCCCAAUCAAUGAGUAACAUAUCAUACGUAAACAGUCACAGAGUGAACAAGAAAUUACCCGUACGCUGUUGUUUAUCAGUUCUGGGAAGAAAUAUUGUACAUAGACAUCAAGUUCAACGACAGAUAUCACUUAUUAAUGUUUAAUUUUGUAACAUAUGCUGUCGAACACGUGGGCUAAACAAACUCGGAUUGUAUAAAGAUCUUCAACGACUGGUGUUAUAAUUUUGGGCCUAAGACAUUGGCGUAUUUUCCCUAAAUCGAUUGAUAGAUAAAGAAUCAUCGGUUGUUGUUAAUCAAUCAUAAGUUAGGUACGUUUCAAGUAUUCGAAGUUCUUUUUACUCUUUAUCAAUAUCAAUCUGAAACCUUUCUGGUUUUGUUUUCAAUAGAUAGAGAUUGUAUUUAUAAAUCUUUUUAUUUCAGAAGCCAGUUUACAAUUUAAGUUAAUAAAUUUGUUACAAAAAGGUUUCACAACAUUUAACAAUGAUAAUAUUGAUGUUAUUAUCUAAUAAUACGAAAAAAUCGUCAAUGAAAUUUUUUUAUUAUUCUGUAUAUGAAAUUCAAUAAGAUAAAACUUGGAAAUUGAUAUUUUGAUGCCUUACAUCGUUGCUUGUUUUUGUUUUACUAUUGAAAAUUGAUUAACUUUCAAAAUUGAUUAAAAUUGUUUUUCAGGCUUUAUUUCACAAGCACAACAUUAUUCUACAACAGUGUGCAUCAGAGAAUUGAAAGAGAAACUUUUAUUACGUAACAGAUCGAAAUCGAUUGAUAAAGAAAUUAUAAUAGAACAUUACAACAUUAUUUAAUUAAAUCUUACGUACUUAUUAAAUACUUACUAUGGUAAAGUUAUUCUAUGAACUUCAUAGAAUAAUAAAAAAACUGUCAUCAGUGAAUUAUUCUUAUUAUCAACAAUUCUGGCACUACUUUAGCAGUUAUUAAAUUAUACUUAGCUCAAAGGAUUUUGUUGAAUAUCUGAAGGAAAUAUAGCGCAAGUGGUGGGGUGUAGUGGUAGCUAUGAUCUGCGAUUAUGUUCACUUCAAACGAAUUUUUUUCUUACAGAAUAACAAUUCUAUUCAAACAAGUUACUAAACGGUUAAAACCAUCUUCUAAGACAAAACUCAUUUGAAUUUAUAAAUCGUUGCCAGUGAAGAAGCUACAAUAAAUAAGAAGAGACGUUUGAUGAGUAUUAAUUUAUUUUCUGAGUGACAUAAGUAUUUACUUAGUUCAUUUAGUACAACCACGUGCUACAACAUUACGGUUUAUCUAUUUAUCAGAUCGUAUGGUGUCCUAAGUUUUCAACAGUUUCUGUUAAUCCUCAUUAUUACCCCUUCCAACGUUGCCUAAACUGCAGCCUAAUGUCGAGAAGGUAUCAAUCCAAACUCGCGAACCAUUAACAACCCUCGACUCGCUAUAUUUGUUCCAGCAAGUACGAUACGCUUCUGAGAAGUUGACCGACUAUCAACAAUUCUUUGCUUGUUCCUCUUAAUCCUCUAAGACUCCUAAUACAUAGUAGUAAGGAUACCAGGAUAAUUAUUACUGUAAAUGUGACAUAUAAUUUUGCACACUUGUAGUUAUAUAAUAUUCUUAUAUUUAGCAAUAAAAACUUUAAUUUUGAAUAUAAUAUACACACUCAUGGUCUCGACUACAUUGCUCACAUGCUAAUAAAGUACGCGCUACCGAUUGCAACAAGUGACACUCACGUUUCUCUUUCUCUCUCUCACGCUCAAUUACACCAAUACAAUAACGACAUAAUAAAAACAAUCUCUCACACAAUUACAAAUUCCGUAAGCAUAUAGAAUCUUCGGGUAUGGAAUUCCACGUAAUUGUCUAUCAUUACACGUCGCAUCGUCGCAUUUUGUUUUGUUUGCGUUCUUUGUUACACUACUCGGCCAAAAACGAGAAUGCGUCGGACAUCCUGUUGACACUGUUGCUCUAAGUAUUCUCGCGAUUAAUAUUUGGCUCGCUUACAAAAUUAAAAAAAAAUCUCUUUCACAAUACUCUGUAAGAAUUAAUCAAUUUAUUUUAAAUUCUUACUAAAAUCAAUUGUUUAAACAUUAUUUUUUAUUUAAUUAAAUAUUAUAAAGUGACAGAUAAAAAAACUUUAACAUUGCAUUAAUAUCCUUUCACUCAUCUGUAUUUUUUAUCGUUCUGAAGGUCGGAUGUCUCGCUUUUUCAUUAUCGUUGUCCUUCUCUGCAGAGGAUAAACAGGAGCUCGACUUCGAAUCAACACCACUGCACGAUUUGUGCCCGGUGACAGUCCCGAUUUUCAGGUGAAUAUUAAUCGCGAGAAUGUAGUGAGCAUCGCGAAUGAAAGUUUCCCUUUGCCCCUGUGCAGCUUUAGAUUGCGAGUAGUCGGCCAAUUUCUGAUAGGCGUGCUUUCGCAAACAGUGGCAGCUAACGGUGUCAGUGAAAAAUGACGGUGAUCGGUGCGAAGGGUGUACGGAGAGAAAGAAGCGACGGUGAAACAAAAAAGGGGAGAGUGUUCGCGUGCGGGGAUGCUGGAUCGCACAAUCAAGUAGCCGCGAUCAGCGUCGAUAGCGGUCGGGCUUCUCGUGUCUUCCGGUUCAUCGAUUCCGCCCGAAACGAGACCGACCCCGCUUGCUGCUUCCACUCACGAAGCCCCAAAGUCAUCAGAGACUGCCAUGCGGGAUCGCGGAAUAAAUAUCCGCCGGUGAGUUUCGCGGCACGUACUCGGCGCACGAGCAGGGGAACGAGGUCGGGGAACUUAAGCGAAACGUACCUCGUUAGCUGUCUGUGAUUUAAGAGGGCGGUGUCUAAGUUCAAGAUCGACCCGACUGUUUGAGAGGGAGCUCGCGGUGCUUUUUCCCCGCGGAGGGAACGUUAGACGAUUAAAACGGACGGACAUCGUCGCAGAGAAAGAAAUGAAACUGAAUCGUACAUUGGAUUGCUCUAUCCUUGGACAAGAAUUGGGACCACUCGGAAUUUUUAACAUCUUUUCUGUUUUUAGCCAAAUUUAACCCCUCCUAUUCGGAGGAUCUCCUAUCAGGACGUCAAGUAAUAUUUCAAAAGUCUAUACAAUAAUUUUUUCAUUUUGCUUUUUAAAUAUUAAAAUGAAGGAAAUUUUAUUUUGUUACGUUAUAUAGAGUGUAUUAAUAAUAAUUUAUGCUACUCUCGUUUACUAUGCAGAGUCUUUUUAAACCAAUUAAUGUGGUAAUUGAUGAUGUAUAUAUAAGUUUUUCAAGUAAACUCCAGACGUUCUCCAUUGGAUUUAUUUCAGGAGAGUUACCUGGCUAUGGGGGUACGAGAAUUUUUUUGAAUAAGAAUAAUUUUGUGGAUUUGGCAACCAAUAGUAUUUUAUUGUGUAUAGUAAUAUAUAAAUUAUUCGUAUUUGAAUGAAAUACAUUAAUAUUUACUAACGUUUGUAGUUGAACUUCAUUUAAGCAUUUAAGAUUUACAAAAAAUAUAAAAGAUGUUGAAAAUUGUAAGUAGUCCUAAUUUUUCACCUAAAAUCUAUGAACUACAGGGUAGUUUCAAUUUCGCAGUACAUGCGAAGGAGUGAUUCUAAAUACAAAAAAAAUAAGUCGAACAGAAAGAAUGCCUACAUUUUAUUUAAAACUUUGCUUUCCAAAUAUGUAUGUAUUUUAAAUAUUUAUCUAAUCUACUUAAUUGUGGCCAAUUCUGAAUUGCACAAGAAAGUUAAUUAAUUCGGAUGAGGUUCAAUGUAUUAGGAAAUAAAUAAAAAAUGUACAGUGAUAUUUCAUUGUGCGAAUUAUUAUUUUCGAAUAAAGGAAUGUUAAAGAGUCUGUUGCGUCUAUCGAUAUGAUUUUCAGCUAGUAUUUUCUCAGAAAUUAAAUCUCAAACGAAAACAUCUUAAUCUUUCUUUCGACUUAUAUUGUAUGCAGAAUUACCCCUGUUUCGCUUAUACCAUAAUUCGGAAGCACCCUAUAUAUAGUUAAUGAAAUCGAGGCAAGGAUCGAGUAAGAUUGGUCUAAUUGUAAGAUACUUCGAGAGGAAGUGUACACGGUUUUAUAUUCCUAGGAUAUUUUUUGCGUAGUUAACAUUGCGUGAUAUUGCGAAGAAACGAAAAUUGAAACUUGUGUGUGAAAUUGGAUUAUAACAUUUACGUGUGACUAAUUUCCCGUCGAGUUUGUUACUGUUGCCAGUGGUUUGAUAUAUUAAUUUUUAAAUGGCCAAUCAAAAUGUUUACAGUUUUAUUUUCUAUUUUAUAAACCUGAGCCUAUGUAAAAGUGUUCAAAAAGUAGAGGAAAGAUUUUGCCUUCUUUCAAAGACAUUAACAAAUUGUUGAUGGAAAUAUGGAAGCUCGUAUUUGAAUGACUUGCUAGCCCAUUUAAGGGUUAAUUAAUAUAGAGCAUAGUUUGGUACUAUAUUAUUUUUCAAAAUGUAUUCAGUAUAAGAAUUUAAAUAUGUUGGUUAAUAUCGAUUAAUAGUUGAAAGGCACUAAGAAAGUAUCUUGAUUUUAUUAUUUUGCCGUCAACUUGGAGAUCUUGGUAUGGCGUACCAAUCGUCACGUUGGAUAGGACGAGGAGUGAGAAAAUGGCUUUGUGGGGCCAAUUUGCCUGGUUUUGACCAUUGCGUCGAUUUAAGGUUCGGAAAUACAAUAACUGAGUGACUUAAUGUAUAAAGUACGCAAAGAUGACAUUCAGUAUUGGUUUUUCAAAUACUGCUACCCUCCAUCAUUACAAAAUUGAUGGUAUCGAGAAAUUAUUCGUUUCCGAGUUCCUCGACGUGGAGAGUGGGGACAUGGGGACUCGGUAGGCCAUUUUGCUGUCCUACACUUCGAAAAUCCCUUUCGCUGUCUCGUUCCAACAGCAAUAGUAGUUGCUCAACGACUCGUCACUGGUAACCGUUGUAUGUGUAAACUGGAACAUUUUAAGGCACAGAGUUAUUAUAUAUUAUAAUGUUUUUACGGAUGUAUGUAAACGGCUAAUAGUAAUUGUCAAGCGAGGAGAUUACUGU